UUGGCUGUACAGUGACGUUUUAAGGCAGGUCCUGGUCAAACCUUCCAAUGAUACAAGUCGGUCCUAUUCUGCUGGGACCGAUCGCGAUGAGCGGGUGUCGGAGCGCUGCACGGCAAAGGAGCAACCACAGCGAGACGCGGCGAUCAGGGGGAUGCGGCAUCGGUGCGCGGGAGCUGUCCAUCAGCACCAGACGCCCGACGAGAAGCAAGCGAGCAGCAAGAAGAGCCGAGACCCAGACGCUCCUGUUUUCAGCCUGCCGCCCCCGCCCUCUUCUCACCACCACCGAGACCGCACUCCGACCACCGCCGCUCAGCGCCAGAGCCUCCAGGAGCUCCCCUGUCUGAGCCAGCCCACCGGGAGACCCGUGCACAGCGGCGACCCUCUACCCCUGGCGCGAUACGACACCGCCCAGCGACCUUCACACCGAGCCGCUGAACCCAGCACCGGGCAGCCGGCGCACCUGCAGCAGGAUCCCUGGGCCCCGGCCGGCUCCCAGCAGCAGCAGCAGCCGCCGCCGACGCAGGAGAAGCCGCCUGUUUUUCCGAGCUGCCACUGCAGUUUUUCCGAGCAGGAGGCGAGCCUUUCACAAAACCAGCACCAUCCUGUCGAUCCUCUCCCACCGCAGCCCUCCCCACCUUUUCCGCCGCCUAUACCGCCGCCGCCGACCUCCUCCUCCUCCUCUCUGCUGUUUUCCAGAGAAUCUAAAAGGGGGGAUCGUCUCCCGAGCAGCGCUAAUAAUUACUACCAACAGGCAAGCAUCGUGGAACGCUGCAGGGGAGGAGGAGGAGCAGGAGGGCACCGAGACCACAGGCAGUUGCAACAGCAGCAGCAGCAUCAGCAGCAGCAGCAGCAGCAACAGCAGCAGCAGCAACACAGUAAUUUAAGACUCCAACAGAGGGACCCCUCCCCUGAAGGAAUCCGUGCAAACUCACAGAAAGGGCGCUCUUUAAAUGUAUGUGAGUCAACCGAGGCUAACAGGAGAGCAUUCGAGUCUCAGGACCUGCAGCAGCAGCAGAUCCCACAAUUACGAGCGCAGCAACAGCUACUGGUGGGGAGCAGCUUGCCUAUCAACUACUGCGCCAGCGGCUCAGGAGAGCUAUGUAGGACUCACCAGGCUCCACUGCUGCAGCAGCAACAGCAAGAGCAGCAGAAGCAGCAGCAGCAGCAGCAGCAGCAGCAGCAGCAGCAACAAGGUGCACUGGAGCUCUGUCCCCAGCGUCCGCCGCAGCAGCAGCAGCAGCAGCAGCAGCAGCACUGUGAACAAGACCGCAAUAAGUCUGGGAGGAUCGGCGAGCAGGCGCAGCCACACAGCCGCGACUCCCGCGUCACCCCCCCGGUAACACAACAGGCGUACGCGGGGAACUCUUCUGCGACCGGGAGCAACAGCAGCAAAGACAGCCCCAACUACGGCUCCAGCUAUCACCUGUGGCCGGAGAGCCCGCAUAAAGGCGAGGAGAGGAUACGCAUCGACCUCCAUAAGGCCACUACUGAGCAGAAGAAGCUGAGCCAUGCUGGAUCCAAGCCCUCCCUCUCUGAGAGCAGCGGCCGACUCCCUCAGAUAGCCAUGAACACCUGCAAGUACAAUGGCGGGGUGGUGAGACCACUAGUUGGCAGCCUGGCGUCAUCGUCGCGCCGCAAUCUCGCGGAGCUCGACUCGGAGACGCAGCCCUUGCAGACGCUGCACAGCUCUGGCCUGGAGGUGGUGGUGUCCAAGGGCAACGGCGGCGAAGACCCCAGCAAGGCGUCCAACGAGAGCUUGGUCAGGGAGGGCAGCGUGCGUGUCGGUGGCAGGGCGCCGCAAAAGAAGAAUAGGGACAUUGGCUACAGGCUUGGCCACAGGAGGGCGCUGUUUGAGAAGCGAAAGCGGCUCAGCGACUACGCGCUCAUCUUCGGGAUGUUUGGGAUUGUUGUCAUGGUGACAGAAACGGAACUGUCAUGGGGGGUUUACACUAAGGAAUCUUCAUACUCAUUUGCACUGAAAUGCCUUAUCAGCCUUUCCACUGUUAUAUUGCUUGGUCUUAUAAUAAUGUACCAUGCCCGGGAAAUCCAGCUGUUUAUGGUCGACAAUGGUGCGGACGAUUGGAGGAUAGCCAUGACGUAUGAGCGGAUCUUCUUCAUUGUGCUAGAGCUGCUGGUGUGUGCCAUCCAUCCCAUACCAGGCCAGUACGUGUUCACCUGGACGGCGCGGCUGGCCUUCACCUACACGCCGUCAGUGGCCGACGCUGACGUGGACAUCAUCCUCUCCAUCCCCAUGUUCCUGAGACUCUACCUGAUAGGCAGGGUCAUGUUGCUCCACAGCAAGCUGUUCACGGACGCUUCGUCUCGCAGCAUCGGCGCCCUCAACAAGAUCAACUUCAACACACGCUUUGUCAUGAAGACCCUCAUGACCAUCUGUCCAGGAACUGUCCUGCUGGUUUUCAGUAUAUCCUCCUGGAUCAUUGCUGCAUGGACUGUGCGCGUCUGCGAGAGGUAUCAUGACAAACAGGAAGUGACGAGUAACUUCCUGGGAGCCAUGUGGCUCAUCUCGAUUACCUUCCUCUCCAUUGGCUACGGGGACAUGGUACCGCACACGUACUGUGGGAAAGGCGUGUGUCUGCUUACAGGGAUCAUGGGAGCCGGUUGCACUGCGCUGGUGGUUGCAGUUGUAGCCAGGAAGCUGGAGCUGACCAAGGCCGAGAAGCACGUCCACAACUUCAUGAUGGACACACAACUCUGCAAACGAGUAAAGAACACAGCUGCCAAUGUACUCAGGGAAACAUGGCUCAUCUACAAACACACCAAGUUGGUCAAAAAGAUAGAUCACGCCAAGGUGCGGAAACACCAGCGCAAGUUUCUCCAAGCCAUUCACCAAGCUCAAAAACUGCGCAGUGUUAAGAUGGAGCAGAGGAAACUCAAUGACCAGGCCAACACCUUGGUGGACCUGGCAAAGACCCAGAAUGUGAUGUACGACCUGGUGUCAGAGCUGCAGGAGCGCAGUGAGGAGCUGGACAAGCGCAUCGGCACAUUGGAGGACAAGCUGGACUCGGUGACGGGCAGCCUGCAGGCGCUGCCGUGCCUCAUUUCCCAAGCCAUAACCCAGCAGCAGCAGGAAUUCCUGGACGGCUUCGUUCACCGCUUUCGGCCGGCCUCGCUAGCCUCUGAGCGCUCCGAACGCUCGGAACGAUCCUGGACUUCCACCGCCCGCAGGAGGCGCUCGCCCUCCACAGCACCACACACCUCCUCAGAUAGUGGAUGACCUUGACGAAUCACCUCUGAGCCCCUCUUUACCAAACCAACUUGUCACUUCAUUCUGUCCCAUCUAAAACCGUCCCUGUAACCGCUGGAGAGUCCAUGUCUGGACGAAUAAAGAAACCCAUAUCUUGACACCUGACCAGAUCCUUGACCCUAAUCUCCCUCUCAACCAUCACCACCCAUCCCUUCUUGCCUUCUUCCGCAAUCAACAUCAAACCCAAAAUCCAACUCCUCUGUGACUGGGCCUCUCAGCACAGGACUGGAUCAGAGCUACUCCAAAAGAACAAAGAACGGCAAAUGAAGACUUAAACCAAGUAAAAACACAAAUGCAUCCAAAAACCGAAAAAGAGAAAAAAAAAAUUACAAAAUGACAGAAAAACCGAGAUAAAGUAGAGAUAUGGUUUAUGUUUUAGCCAUUGUAUGGCUGUUCAAGUUAGCUUUUUUGUAAAAGCCCUUGUAUAGUUAAAAAAUGACUGAGUUCAGGGUCGCUGGGGUGAGAGCUGGCUAUCACACCGGAGAGUCCUUAACCACGAGGGGGGAAGUUGGUCUGUGGAACUGAGGGCCUCGGCUCGCCUGCUGGCCCUCCGAGGCCAUGGAGGACAUCUGUCCACCCAUCUGUCCACCCAUCUGUCCGUCUGUGUUUGUCCGGUUGUGGAGCGAGACAAACCACUGGAUUUCCCUUUCAAAAGACUAGUGUCAUGGAUUCUUUCCCAUAGGUUAGGGUGGAAGCUUUAGGAAAGGCUGGGAAAGCUCCGACUUCUCAUCCGUGUUUGAAAAUGCACUUGGGGGAUGGGAAACUACUACACAGAAGAGCAAAGGGGACACAUAUGGCAUUACUACUGGGUAGGAAAAAUUUACACAAUUGCCAACUUCAAGGUUACAGCUUCCUUGUUCUUACCAAGGAAAAAACGAGAGCGACUAUCUUUUUUAGUUACAUAUUGACAUGUGAUUUUUCAGUGCCUGAAUGUAUAAAUAGUAGAGGGUUAUUUAAUUACUAAUUUCAGAGCUUUUUUACGAUGUUAACAGUCUGAAUACAGCAUUGCAUUCCUUUUUCAGAUACAUUCCUCUCCAAAAAUUGAAAGAAAAUGUCUUAAUGUAAUGCAUAGCAUUGCCUCCAUUACAUAUACACUAUUUCUACUAACACCAUGAGAAACGAAAAGUGUUCAGAGAGAAAGUGAGACAGACUGAGAGAAUAUUUAUGAGUGUUUGUCGGAGAACAAGUUCACUUUUAGCUUAAUGCUGCAAACUCAUGCACACGACAGUGGAAUACAGUACGUAGUAGUCUACCUUUCCCACCACCACUAAUUAGAGCUUCCUGUGGUCUUCAGAUGAAGGCAUGGCUUGAGGUCUGCUGGUACACACGGCCACACAGGCACAUAUCAGCGGUCCAACUGAGGAACCAUCCCUGCCCCUUUGCAUGGUUCUGUGCAAAAAUGGAACACACUCUUUCUAGGAUGGCUUGAUGAUUUUCAUGAUUUUGAGUUUAAUUGCUUUUACUUUUGUUUGUUGCAUUGUCAUUUUUUUUACUACAAUUUCCUUUUUUAAAAGCUAAGAUACCUUUUUUUUUUUGAGUUGCAGAACCUAUAGAGUUGCACUAACGUGAUUCUGUAAUGCAUUCCCUGUUUGAUAUAUGAGGUAAAGAUGAGUCAAUACUACAAAAGAAUCCUGGACAGCUACAAAUAAAAGUGCUGACGAAACUUUGAUGGUUACAUCACAGUGAAUUGUUCCCUCAGCAAGUUAUAAGGAAGAGUUUUGACAUUUUGGGGACUUAUGCCUGUCCACUUUCAAGCUAAGAAAGAUAAAACAGUACCGAUAUCAUAUCUCUGAGGUAAAUAUGCAGCUAUCGCUCACAACCUGUUAGCGUAUCUUAGCAUACAGUCUGGAAAUGGGGAAGAAGCUCUACUGGCUCUCUUCAACAUUAGCACACAUUAUAUCUUAGUUAUUUAAUCUGUACAUAAACUAAGAUUGUAGACUGAUAUAAACUAUGUGCGGGUUAAACAAAUACAUUUUCACUUUUUUUUCUGUCUCUAUGCUAAGCUAAGCUAGCUGGCUGCUAAGGGUAGCUUUAUAUUUACCGUACAGACCAUAGAUUGCAUGUAUAGAUGGACAACAUGUCUCCACUUCCUGCCAGUAUCCAGAAAUGAAGCAAAAAUAUUGUGAUACAAAUGCUGCCAUUUUGUGCGAAUUACCCCAUUGGGAGCCAGAGUCUAGCUAUUGAGGGACUGAUCUGUGGAAUCAAAGUCUCGACCAAUCAUUGGUGGGUCUCAGCUGUCAAUCAUGAUGUUUCAGCACAUUUGUGUAGCAUCAAAUAACUAAUUAAAGACAAACUUAUUGGAAAAAUGAAGACUUGAACAAAUAUCAGUGUGAUAAGAGGACCCUAAAAUGACAGAAACCAUAUUGAAACAAACGUAACGUUUGCUUUGACUAUUUAGUUUGGUACAUGUCCCAUCCACUAACAUGAAGGAAGUUAGUGACUUAGAAGCAAUUAUGACCUACACUGCAGCUAGCCACCAGGGGGCGAUCAAGUCAUUUCGGCUUCACUUUAUGGGAGCAGUUAUGUCGUCCAUCUUUAUAUACAGUUUAUUGGGAAGGCUCGAUAUCAAUCGUCUUGUCCAACUCUCUGCAAGUGGAUUCCUAAAAUGGCAAAUUAUCUCUUUACAAAUACAGUCUACAUGUCAGGCUUGUUUCUAAAUGACACUGAAGUACAUUCACUGUGAUAUAGGAGAAAUUUGAAGAUUUAAAAUUUCAAAAGCAUGGAAUAUGAGUCAUCCUAGAGUUGUAACGACUAGAAAACUUCCGCUCUGAAAAAGUAGAAUUUGUUUAGAGGACCUAUGAAAAGCAGAUCAGGAAGUCAGCGGGUUAGCGGGCUAGCAUGCUGUCCUAAAGUAGUUUGAAUGGUAGAUAAUCCCAAAUGGAUGUUAGUGCUAAAAAAAAAUCUUUUAAUGACCCCUUAAGCUGACAGGCAAAUAGAAUCAUUAUUUCUUGGAUCUUAAUUAUUUCCGAGCUGCUUUGGGACCAGUCAGGUCCAAGUCAAAGCCUGUGAGACAGAGAGCGACUUCGCCCUCCCACAGCUUCUGGACUGGACAGACAGCACUUCAUUUAAGAACACACUGAGUUUGCUACAACUUAAUCAAGCAUGAAUAUGGGUUAUUUUUCCUUUCAACUUGAGUUGAUGAAGCAUGACUUUUUACUUCCCCGCCAUGCACCUCUCGUGCUACAUCCCACCCUCCUGGUAUGAGGGGAUCUAUCAUGCCAUUAGAGGCUCCGUUUCAAUCAGUGUCAUCCAAUGAGUCAGCGCGGCUAAUGGAGGACUAUCUGCUUGAUUACGACCUCACCUGCCUGUUCGUAUCUAAGGUUUCCACCUCUUCAUUACAUCAGAGCUUCGGCCUUGUGUUUGUCAUCUGUCAUCAUUAAGAACAUCACCCGUCCUCCCCCCCACACACACACACAUGGACACAAAAUGGCCCGCAGCAAAGACAUUUGAUUGGUUCAAAUGAAAAAAAAACACACUCAAGAACAGGAAGAAGCAGGGGAACCUCUAGGUCUUAUUCCACGUUGCACUCAGUGUGUAGUAUUCAGUUACACUCCACAAUGCUGGGGUGUCCAGGUAACGGUGUUAAGGACUUCAUCCUUCAUCAGGCAACAGGAAAGAGUGAAAAAAGAAAGAAAGAUGAGAGCCAUCGCUCAUUUACUGACAGACAUCUGUUUUGGCUCAGGGGGGUUGUGAACAGCGAGGGUGGGUGUCCUGUAAAUAUGACCUCAUUGUAGAUGUCGCCAAGUAAACGGGACAAAUGGUGAACCGCAGGGGUAAAGGUGGUCGGAUCCAAUGCACAGCAUGUUGCAGGUAUAUGCAGCAGAAAACCUUGAAAGGUUGAAACUGAAGGGUUCCAAGUUCUGGCAAAUUAAAAGAUAAUGUUUUAUCAGUUUCACACGUUUUCUUUUUUUCUUCUCUUCCUCUGAUGGAGGUUUGAUCAGGUUCUGAUAUUAAGUUGUAUUUUAAAUUUUUUAUCCAUUUGUUUUCUUCAGUCCUUAUCCUGUCACUAACAAAGACCUGCCAAAACACCAUUCCAAUAUUUAAUAGUGACCCACUAGAAAAUAAAAAAAACACACAUAGUAUUUUGUAGUGAAGUGAGGGACAUUCAUGAUGUUAUUCUGAUGAUGGUAGAUGAGUCAAAGUGAUAAACCCAGAGUCUUUUAUUAUCCAGAAAAUCGUAGGCUUUCCUCAUAGAGCAGGCAUCAGAACACACUUCCACUGAACAAUAACAGAGUGAAAACCCCCCAAAAAGUGAAGAAAUGUAACCCAACCAUUGUUCUGUGUACACUGCCACAUGAUGCAUAAUGUACGUAGUAGCACUGGAAUAAAUCAACUUUUACUGGAUGGCAAAUGGGUUUAACAUAUUCUCUGUAUACUGUUUCGCUGUUCCUUCAUUUUGCAGGUGAACUUUUGUCCUAGCAAGGAGAGACACCAAGGUGAAAUCAUUAAAGACUAUCUUCAGCUAUGA